UACCACAGGCUGGAAGUCGCAAGAGUAAGCGCUUGUCACUAGGUGACAUGCAAUAAGGUAUUUGAGUGUCAAGACGUUGCUUAUACUUCAUCAAACGACUAUGUGUAUUUAAAAGUAUUAUUCAGAAGAACGCACCAAAAGCCAUGCAUCAUGGUUCAACAUGAACAGAUCUGAUAGAGCAGGUAAUGUACAUGUGCCUAUUUCUCCAUCUGUACUUGCCACUAAUGGUUUAAUACUGCCUGUGCAAGACCAUAAACAUCUUCCUGUAUAUUGUGCAUAUCAGUGGUCCAAAGCCAACCACUUUAAUAGAUAUCCGAGACCAUUGCUUUGUGACCGAUUGCAGAGACUGCCUCCACCACGUUCUUUCAUUGCCUCAGCUGGAUUAACAGAUGAGUUGAAUUCUGCUUUGUCAUAUACACACAUUAUCGGUGAUAGAAAGGAAAUGGAUCUGAAGCAAAAAAUUCAUCAGUUAGAGAAGAAUCUGGCCUUUGUUAAAGAACAACAUGCCUUGGUACUGCAUAGUUUACUUCAGGAAGUAGAGGAACUUAAGGAAAAAAAUAGAGAGCUACAGUUUCAGCUUACAAUGGGAACAGAUAAAGAGUCAAAAAGCACACAAAAAUCAUGUUGCAAUGAAAAUAGAGCAAAAAAUGAAAAGUUAGAGAAGGAAUUAAAGAAACUACGCUCUUCAUUAAAAGAUGCCCUAAAGUCUAACACUGCUUUGGUAACCCAAGUGCAACUUUUUAAACGAGAACAGUAUUUGAAUGCUAGUUCUAUACCCACUGUCUCUUACCAACCAAUCCAGUUUGAGACUUGUUCAGAAGGAAUGACCAAAGCACCCACACCUUCUGGUCCAUCUCCCAAAAUGGAUGAAUACAAGGAUACAAUUCGUCAAAUUGAUCAAGUAUCUGCUAGACCUAGAGUUAGCAGGAACUAUAACAAUGGCUACCAUGGAGACAGGUUUAGCAAAGACAAAUCUGGUUAUGUUGACAACCGAGGAAGACAAAAUCAGCAUCAGCGACUUCCAAGGUUGCCACUUAGAAACCAUUCGAACAUGCCUCACCAACAGUAAGAUU